GAGGGCGUUCUCGGCGAUUGGACAAAGCGGGCGACCUCCUCUCGAGAGAAGUCAACCAAAUUUGGUUGACCCGAUUGCAAACGUAUGCUGGUGGAUGGAAAUUGUGGUACGACAACAAAAUGGCAUCUAACAGGAAAUAUGCUGCGUUGCCAGACCUCGACUCGGCACCAGACAUCUACGAGACCCCAGAACUCAUCGACGACCAGUCAACAGUUCCACCCACCACCGUGCGGUCGCCUUCCGACAAUGGGUACGAUGAGGAGGAAGAUGACGACACUGGAAUCUCGCGGUCGCGUCUCCGUAUAAACCAAGCCCGAUCGAGGUUCAUGCCAGCAGCCGUCGACGCGACAGACGUGGACUUCUCAGACCGUCUUGCGAGCAAACGGAAGUCCUACAAGACAUCGACCCGGCGCCGUCGAAUCCUCGAGGAUGGAACGGAAGAAAUAGGCGAUCUGAGUGACGAGGGCGACGAUGCGGGGAACCUAGCGCGAAAGAUUGCUCGACUAAAACGCGAAAUCGAGGAAGCCAAGGAGGAGUAUGGAAAACAAAAGGCUGCCUCAAGCCAACCAACGGACGAGGAAGAGGUCGCCGAGACCGAGUUCGAAUCGCUGAGCAAGGUGUUGGAUGAGAUAUCGGGACUUGAUCAGCCCCUAGCCUCCCGCGCCAUCCCCGCUCCCCAACCAACUAGUAUCGGGGAGAAGGCAUCCGGGGAGCACACCGAGGGCGUCAGUUACACGAUAACUUAUGCGCCGAGCUAUGAGCAAACACACGUUCUCGCGAAAGCGGCCGAUUUCGACAGCCGCCUGGUCGUUUUGGAGAAGGCACUAGGGGUCGGGUCGGUAUCAAUGCCCGAAUUUGACGCGAACGGCCUGCCGCGCGCCGUCGUACCCCUUGUGGAGCAGCUUCACAAACAAGUCUUGACCCUCUCCGAAGCCUCGGUCCCCUCCCUCGAUAGCAUCAGCCGGAGAGUACGGGCUUUAACGCAGGAGGCUGAGAAUUUGGAGAAGGCGAGACGGAACGCCAAGUCAGCCCACGACGCGCUUGCUUCGGCGGGAGCUGCACCAGCCUCCGAGGGCGCCGCCCCCGAGGAUUUGGAGCAGACGGCCAAGAUCAACGCACUCUACGGAACCCUACCAACCAUUGAGAAUCUCACCCCCCUGCUGCCGCCGCUGCUCGACCGACUCCGAUCGCUGCGAAUGAUCCAUGCAGACGCCGCCGCGGCCUCGGAGACGCUGGAGCGUCUGGAGAAAAAGCAGGCGGAGAUGGCCGGCGAGAUUCAGCAAUGGCGAGAGGGCUUAGAGAAGGUGGAGAGCGCCGUCAGGGCGGGUGAUGCGACCAUGUCGAAGAAUGUGGAGGUCAUAUCUACGUGGGUGAAGGAUCUUGAGGAGAAGAUGGCGAAAUUGUCUUAGCGAGUAGACCCUAUGAUACCCAACGCGAGAUACUCGUUUUCCCAACUGAUAGCCAGACUCGAAUCCGGAGGAGAGCAUGUGACGAUUGGGUGACGAUUGGACUCCCUGGCCUUUGGAUGCUAAAGUACCCUCAGUACACAGUGGGAGAGUGGGUCAGGUUGGCCCAUUGACCAAUCAAACCCGCCGAGCGCGUCUUCGGUUGCAAGAUAAAUUCUCCAAGAAAGCUCGGCCAGAGCUUUUUGACUUUUCC